AUGGCAUCGUCUGCUGACCAUCUUUCGGCCCAAGAGCUGGAGACUCUCUCCACCAAAGCUAUUUCUGCCAAGGACGUUGCGUACUGCCCUUAUUCAAAGUUCCGGGUUGGAGCCUGUGUUUUGACGCAAACAGGCGAGUAUUUUCACGGUGCCAACGUAGAAAACGCUGCCUAUCCUGUUGGGACCUGUGCAGAAAGGGUUGCAUUGGGGACUGCGGUUGUAGCUGGGCAUCGAGGCUUCAAAGCCAUUGCUGUUGCAACAGACAUUGAGCCAGCAGCAUCACCUUGCGGCAUGUGCAGACAGUUCAUACGUGAAUUUUGCACCUCAUCAUUGCCCAUCUUUAUGUAUGAUGGGCAAGGAAACUUUACUAUGAAAACUAUUGGAGAGCUUCUGCCGGACUCAUUCGGCCCGGACGAUUUGCCUGGAGCCACGAAACAAUCUUAG